AUGAAUUCCUUUUCUGCAAAAACAACAGUGAAGCAACAUGCAGGACAGAAUUCAAAGGACCAAUUGGAGGUGACUGAGGCAGGUACGGCAUAUAAAGUCCAUUCAGAAAGACCCCAUUUAGUCAGUUUAGGCAGUGGCCGUUUGUCCACAGCUGUUACAUUGCUACCUCUUCAUGAAGGCAUUACAAGGAUUGGUACUCCUGAUGCCAAAAUUGCCCAGGAUAUUAUUGUUCAAGGCACAGGAGUUGAGAAUGAACAUUGUUUCAUUGAAAACACUACUGGUGUUAUUACAUUGUAUCCAUUGGCCAAAAUGUGUGCUGUGGAUGGUGUCUUGGCUGCAGGCCCAAUACGCUUGUCACAAGGAAAUUUCUUUCACCAACUAUAUAUUUUCUCUUUUCUAUUUUUUUUUUCUGCCUUUGGUCUUUUACACCCUCUUUUAUCUCUCUCUGUCUUCCUUUGGACUUUUACACCCUCUUUUAUCUCUCUCUGUCUUCCUUUGGUCUUUUACACCCCCUUUUAUCUCUCUCUGUCUUCCUUUGGUCUUUUACACCCCCUUUUAUCUCUCUCUGUCUUCCUUUGGUCUUUUACACCCUCUUUUAUCUGUCUUCCUUUGGUCUUUUACACCCUCUUUUAUCUGUCUUCCUUUGGUCUUUUACACCCUCUUUUAUCUGUCUUCCUUUGGUCUUUUACACCCUCUUUUAUCUGUCUUCCUUUGGUCUUUUACACCCUCUUUUAUCUGUCUUCCUUUGGUCUUUUACACCCUCUUUUAUCUGUCUUCCUUUGGUCUUUUACACCCUCUUUUAUCUGUCUUCCUUUGGUCUUUUUACACCCUCUUUUAUCUGUCUUCCUUUGGUCUUUUACACCCUCUUUUAUCUGUCUUCCUUUGGUCUUUUACACCCCCUUUUAUCUGUCUUCCUUUGGUCUUUUACACCCCCUUUUAUCUCUCUCUGUCUUCCUUUGGUCCUUAACAUUCUCUGUUAUCUCUUUUCCUUUCCUUCACCUUUCCAAAUUCCUUCUCAGUUAA